AUUUGGAAGGACGGGCGAAAGUCGCGGACCGGCGGAGGAUGAACCAAGGCAACUACUAUGCUGGCAACAUGGGCGGCUACAUGGGCGGCUUCGUGAUGAGCGGCAAUGGCAUGCCGUCGCCGACGCCUGCGGGUCAGAUGAACAUGAUGCCACCGCAAGCGAGCGCGUUUCUGCCACCCGAGACGCCAGCGCAGGCGACGCCGGCCCACGACGCACGCUUCAACCGCGGCAACUACCGCUGCUCGCGCUGCGGUGAGCCCAAGAAGGGCCACGUGUGUCCGUACCAGCCCGCCAACUUCAAGUGCACAAAGUGUGGCAACCUCAAAAAGUCCUGUACGUGUGGCGCGCCGCUCAAGUGCAACGCCGAGGUCCAAUGCGCCCUGGACGAGCACAUGACGAUCGCCAAGCUCGACUUGGCCGCGCAGGGCGUGACCGAGUUCCACGAGUCGGUGCUUGCAUUCGUCGAAGGCGCGUCGUCGCUGUCGUAAUGUACACUCUCUCCUGCA